AUUUCGAAAAAUACUUUUGUGACACAGCUUCAAAAAAAUAUCAUAACAAACGGUGUUCUCCCUUCAUAUAUUACUAGCACUUAUAACCCAAGAUGUCAAGCGAAAAAAUUGUCAUGUGAAGUAAAUCCAACCAAAUGAUCAAAUGCUUAGGUGUCAUUUGACAUCUUCUCUCUUAUGUCAAAUUUGACAUGUUAUGUCAAAUUUUUUCUUUGAUUAUUGAACCCCCCCCCCCCCCCCGCUCUCUCUCUCUCUCUCUUCUUUUUUCUUAAAUUUUUGAGUCUUUUUACUUUUUCGACUCAUCUCAUUGUUAUGAUCCAAUGAUUCAAAAAAUUUGACACGAAAUUGUAAAUUCAAAAAAAUAAAUAAAUAAAGACGGAAAAAAACAAUACAAUUGACUGAUUUAGCCAAACUAAACUUCUUGUGUGAUGUCAAAAUAUUUUAGCAUAUUUAUAAAGCCAGAGUCCUGCAACCCGAAACACCACGUGCCUUUGGACCACCACCGCAACAUGUCAAUCUACAAGCAAAAUGAAGUUUUGGUUGUUGAAGCAAUCUUUCUUCAACCGGACGAACUUCUACGUGCCUAUGCCGACACGCAUCACCCUCUGGCUUUUUCAACAACAAUCUCUCUCCCCUUUUUCUCUCUCUCCACGUUUUACUCUCUUGUGGGUAAAGCAAAAGCAAAGAAAAAAACCCAACAAAGCAAAAGUAAUGCCAGAGCCUCACCGAAUAUAACUAACUUUUAGGCCGAAAAAUCAGCCAUAUAUCCAUCUGUUGUUGUUUUCCUUGGUUUCCUGAGAAAUUGGAGGAAAGUUCAAGGGAUGGGUUGCUUGACCAAUUACCUUUUGCUUCCAUCAGAGCUGAAGCCCACCUUCUCACUCCCUCACCAGAAACAUCUACAGAGUUCACUCGUGAUCUGCAGAAGAACAGUCAAACCCAAGAACCAAAAAUCUUUUGUCCCUGUGGCAAGGUUAUUUGGGCCAGCUAUAUUUGAACCUUCGAAGCUGAAGGUUCUAUUCCUGGGAGUGGAUGUGAAGAAGCAUCCAGGGAACCUUCCUAGAACUUACACGCUCACUCAUAGCGAUAUAACCGCUAAGCUCACUCUUGCCAUCUCUCAAACCAUUAACAACUCCCAGUUACAGGGGUGGUAUAAUAGGCUCUAUAGGGAUGAAGUGGUUGCAGAGUGGAAGAAGGUGAAGGAAAAAAUGUCUCUCCAUGUUCACUGUCACAUAAGUGGUGGCCAUUUCCUGUUAGAUUUGUGUGCUAGGCUCAGAUACUUCAUCUUCUGCAAAGAACUCCCCGUGGUUUUGAAGGCCUUUGUUCAUGGGGAUGGAAAUCUAUUCAACAGCUAUCCAGAAUUAGAAGAAUCUCAAGUUUGGGUAUACUUUCACUCCAACAUUCCAGAGUUCAACAAGGUGGAAUGCUGGGGUCCUCUCAGGGAGGCUGGAGCACCUUCUGGUGGGCUCAAUGGAUCCACCCAACUGGACAAAAGGCAGCAAGAAAAUCCAUCAAGAAACUGGGAAGUGCCAAAGCCAUGUGACGAGGACUGCCGCUGCUGUUUUCCUCCAAUGAGUAUGAUGAUUCCUUGGCCACAAGAUGACCACCCAUUGGAGGCCUUGGGGACCCACCAAGCCUUACAGGAACAACAAAACUUGGGAAGGUCUGGUGGGACUCUCUGAUUGCUUUGUUUCCCAUCAAAAAGGUGUUGUAGGGAAAAAGUCAUCAAGAAUUAAAUUUGCACAAAUUGUUUUUUUUUAAGUUCUGGGUGGUGGUAGAAACCAGAAUUUGCUGCACAUAAUUUUCAUAGAUAGUGAUGGAGUAGUAUAUUGUUGUCCCUUCAUUUAGAUAUUUAAAGUUCUAUAUUGGGACGUAUACUACAAGGGGGGGGGAAAA